UUCAUGUAUAUAUAUAUUCUUAAUCCUCCCUCCCAUUCUUCGUCUCUCAUCCUCACUCACCUUCUCCCGCUACUGUAUACUCAGCACAGACACCCACAUUCAUUCUACUGAUCCAUCGUCCACUUCCUGCAAGUCUAGAUUGGAUUGAUUGCGUUUCUGGGGUGUAGAUCCACCAUGCACAGCGGUGACCGAAUGCGAUGUCUCACCAGAUGCAGUAUUUUUAAGGCUGUUGCUGCGAUGAUGUUGGUGGUGGUGGUGAAGAUUUGUGCCGCGGAGCUCGACGUCGCAUACUAUGACUUUCGGUGUCCCGAUGCAUUGGCCAUCGUGCAAGGCGGCGUCCACGCCGCCAUGCAGCGCGACGCCCGGGCUCCUGCGUCACUUCUGCGGCUACACUUUCAUGACUGCUUUGUGAAUGGAUGCGAUGGCUCCAACCUGCUGGACGACCGACCAGGAUUCGUUGGAGAGAAGACUGCGGCGCCGAACUUGAAUUCUGCGCGAGGGUUUGAAAUAAUUGAUGAAAUCAAGCAGCAGCUGGAAGAUGCCUGCCCUAAGACUGUAUCGUGCGCGGACAUUGUAGCCGCAGCUGCUCGUGACGCAGUGUUUUUGAGUGGCGGGCCUUUCUGGGAUGUGGAGUUGGGAAGACGAGAUGCACUCACAACUAGCUCACAGGCUGCAGUAAAUUCCAUUCCUAGUCCGAGGUUCAAUGUUCCCCAGCUGAUCAAGAGCUUCAACGCCGUGGGACUUGAUAAGAAGGAUGUUGUCGCACUUUCAGGCUCGCACACGAUUGGAAUAGCACGAUGCGCUAGCUUCCAGGCACGUCUCUACAACCAAGGGAAUUCGGGACGACCCGACUCAUCCCUGGAGAAGCACUAUCUUGCAGAGCUCCAGAACAGGUGCCCUCAAAGCGGCGACGGAAACCAGACUGCAUUUCUCGACCCAUGCACACCAACAACCUUCGACAACCAAUACUACAAGGAUUUGCAGGCUGGUCGAGGCCUUCUGUUCUCGGACGAAGUGCUGGAAACCACCAGUGGCACAACCCUCAAGCUUGUUGAGCUUUAUGCCACGGACCAGACCGCAUUCUUCACCGACUUCGUCUCAUCGAUGCUCAAGAUGGCGUCCAUCCACGUGAAAGCUGACAGCGAGGGCGAAAUUCGCCGCAACUGCAGGAUCCCGAACUCUGUGAAUGCUAAGGGUGGAACCUAACCUAGUCCUGUGGAUUUCGCAGUCUCGAUAGUCUAGACAGGCUUUCAACCUGCUAUUUUGUGCAUGCAAACUUGUGGGUUCAGUUGCCCAUCUGUGGAUCCAGACACAUCUUAAGAUUGUGGACUUCUACGUAAUCAACUUUUGUCACCGUGGUGAAGUUCGCGCACUUCAUAGUGCCAAUAUUUAUUUGUCAGUUCUUCAUCACAACUUUAGGUCGGCAACUUGAAACUGAACAAAGUUGACGUAACAACACUGCAUCUUGCACAGGCUGUGCUCAUUGUGAUUAGAUUGUAUGCAUUAAGACUUGUGAUUUGAAGUUGAUUUGAACUUAUCAAACAUUCUCGGAGGAUUUAAGUUCAUCA